GAGGAUCUGCAGGCCCUCCUGACGACUGUGUCAAAGGCGGACAAGUUGCUUGUCCUUGGUGAUUUCAACGCUUGCGUCGCAGAGCGCCAUCUCAUCCUGACCAAUACCUACUUUUACCUUUCUCUGCAGCCCAAGGAGACUUGGAUGCAUCCGCGGUCCCGGCAGUGGCAUCGCCUGGACUAUGUCCUCGCCCGGCCUUGUGACCAGCAGGAUAUGCUGGUGAUAAAGGCGAUGCCGGGUGCCGACGAGUGGACCGAUCACUGUCUUGUCGACUCCAAGAUGAGGAUCCGCCUUCAACCGCACAGGAGAUCUCAAGUCCCCCAGGACUUCAAGAACGCCACAAUUGUCCAUCUCUACGAGCGAAAGGGGAACCGCCAACUCUGUGACAAUCAUCACGGAAUCUCGCUGCUCAAUACCGCCGGCAAAAACUUCGUUCGUGUUUUCCUAAACCGUCUCAACAACCACCUGGAACAAGGACUCUUGCCAGAAAGCCGGUGUGGUUUUCGUCGUCAUUGCGGAACCACCGACAUGAUCUUCGCCGCACGACAGCUGCAGGACAAGUGCCAGGAGAUGCGUACCCACCUGUACACCGCUUUCGUGAACCUGACGAACUCUUUCGACCUGGUGAAUCGCGCUGGACUUUGGAAUGUCAUACAGAAAUUUGGCUGUCCUGAGCACUUCGUCGUCAGCUCUUCGACAGGAUGA